CAGUGACCCUUUACACGUACGCACUCGACGCUCCGACAGCCCACUGUAUAAAUUCUCUCCCCAUCCCCCUCUCUUCUCACUCUGCCGCAACCCUAAAUCCUUCAUUAACCAUUUAUAGCAAUAUCUCUCUCUCUCUCUCUCUCUCUCUGUUUCCUUGCAACAAAAUUGUUCUGUUCCACCCUCUCAUGAGACGAGGGAGAUUAAUAAGUUGCUGCAAUACAAGUGAUGGAGAGCCCAUACUAUGCACCGCCACACGUGGACGCAUCUCGGCCGUCCUUAGGCUUCCCUCUUGGGACAGCCCUCCUGUUGAUCGUCAUUUUCAGCUUGAGUGGAAUCUUCUCCUGUUGUUACCACUGGGAAAAGCUCCGUUCUCUCCGUCGAUCUUUCUCCAACGGUCUAGAUCUGGAGGCAGGUAGCGAUGAAGCGCCUUCCAAGCCUGUCGCCACCCACAUGGAUUUAAAGCAAAAGCAGAACCAAUGCUUGUCGGUUUUGAUGCCGGGAGAUCAGAUUCCAAAGUUCAUAGCAUUGCCAUGUCCAUGUGAGCCUCCAAGACAGGCAAACAUCAGUGUACUGGUGAAGCCGCCUCUUGAGUCGACACAAAUAACAGUGCCUUUGUACUAGUUUUGGAUGCAUGCG